AUGGCUCAAAAUCCACUUCACUAUGACUAUCCCUGGACAACUCCUGAUGCUCCUUUGGUUGUGUCUGCUCCAAUGAUGAGAAUCACAAUGGCCAAGGCUGCUGUCACUGUAUCUGCAAAUGGAGGCUUCGGCUUUGUAGCUGGCGGGUUUGAUCUUUCCAAUCUGGCCAAGGACUUGGACGAGGCUGCUGAGUUGGUGAAAAGUCAAGCUUUAGCCCGACAUGAUGGAGUGCUUCCUAUUGGUGUUGGUUUCCAAAAUUGGGGCAGCGACCUGAAACUGGCUCUGGCAGCGAUCACUGAGCAUCCUGUUGCAGCCGUCUGGUUCUUUGCACCGAAUCAGCUAAGCGACCUACUAGAUUGGACAAACAAGAUUCGCGCUGCCACGAAUGGAAAGACCAAAAUUUGGAUACAGAUUGGAACUGUUGCAGAAGCAGUCGAGGUCGCGAAGACCAGUAGGCCAGAUGUCAUUGUGGUGCAAGGUGCAGAUUCUGGUGGCCAUGGGCUUGCGCAGCGAGCUAGUCUUCUGACUCUUCUCCCUGAAAUUGCAGAUGCUCUAUUCAAGGAUGGGAUCACAACACCCUUGAUUGCAGCAGGUGGCAUCGUUGAUGGCCGUGGCGCUGCCGCUGCAUUGUCACUUGGUGCAAGUGGCGUCGCUCUUGGAACAAGAUUUCUUGCCAGUAAUGAGGUCAUUAUUGCUAAAGGUUAUCAAAAUGAGGUGCUCAGAGUUGCUGACGGGGGCGUCACUACGGUUGCGACUACAGUCUAUGACACGGUGCGAGCUAUCUAUGGUUGGCCACAAGCAUAUACUGGUCGAGGCGUGUCAAAUCGCAGUUAUUUAGAUGCCGUACAUGGCAUGAGCGAGGGUGAGAACCAGGAGCUCUACAAAGAAGCUAUGAAACAAGGAGAUGCUGGAUGGGGUCCUGAAGGGAGAAUGACCACAUACGCAGGCACCGGCAUCGGCCUGAUCCACGCCGUUCAGCCGGUUGGCGAGAUCGUGAGAAGUGUUCAACGGGAAGCUAAACAGGUCUUACAAAAGACUGCAGCAAGAUUCGCAAAGCAGUAA